GAUUUGAAUAUGAACGCACCAGAAUCAUAGCGCCGUUGUCAAGAGAUACGUUGCUAACCUUUUACCUCGAACACACGGGUUAGCUUCGAAGUAGAAGGAAAUACUUGAGUUCUGUAACAUUUUCCAACAACAAAAAAUAAGAAAUGAUUCGGCGUAUCUGGCAGUAUAUUUACACAUCGUUGCUGAGAACUUGGUUAAAGUGGCUCCUCAGGAAGACUACAGGGACUUGUGAGCUUCAGAGGAUUUGCUCUGGAAGCAAACCAGGAGCCACAAUGACAAAAAAAGCAGAAUACUCUCUUCAGUCAUCUAAAAAUAAAGUUUUGAGAGGAGCUUUGGAAACAAGCAAGGAAAAUGUAGAGAAACAUGUGGAUCAGAUUAUGAAAGAGAAGGAAAUCAAGCCCCAUUCAGAUCAGCUAUUUAAGGCAAACCUGCACAUCUGCCUGCUGCAGAUAACAGGAUACAACACAUUGUAUUUUUGUGUGGAAGACUUGAGGAAGGAAGUCUUCAACUCGGAUAAUCCAAAACACGAGGCCAUGCUGUUAAAGCUUUGGGACUUGUUGAUGCCAACAGUGAAACUGGAGUCCAGGGUAACGAGGCAGUGGGGAGACAUCGGCUUCCAAGGAGAAGAUCCAAAGACGGAUUUCAGAGGAAUGGGCCUGCUGGGUCUCAUCAACCUGCUCUUUUUCAGUGAAAACUACACAGCAGAGUCUCGCCAGGUGCUGUCUCGUGCAAACCACCCCAAACUGGGGUAUUCAUAUGCUAUAGUUGGGAUCAACCUGACAGAAAUGGCCUACAGCCUGCUGAAGAGCGGCGCUCUGAAACCACAUUUCUACAAUUCAAUCCCAGGUCCUCCGGAGCUCAAGGACUUCCACCAGUUUUACUGUUAUCUUGCAUACGAGUUUGAUAAAUUCUGGGUUGCCGAGGAGCCAGAGAGCAUCAUGCACUUCAAUCAGUACAGAGAAAAAUUUCACAACAUAGUGAAGACUCAUCUGCAGGACCCUGACGUGUCUCUCACACUGAAUGUCGCUUGCAAUUAAUGUGAUUCGACGCAUUUCUGCCUGUUUACGUCCCAGUUGGAUCUGAUUGAAGGAGGCGGGAUUAUCAAAGAAGACCCACAACCAACAGCAAGCAAACUACAAAUCUAACUUUUUCAGUUUCUUUAGUGGUGCCCAGUCAACCUUCGUCCAGAACAACGACUAUUUUCCACAUGCAGCACAAACCCGAACCCCCUGUACCUCCGAAAAGUGACCAUUCCAGAGACUGUAAAGAGAAAUGAGAACUGCUGCAGAAGACUCAGGUGGAGAUCAUGACUCAUGAGGCUUUAAGCACCUUGGUGAUCAAAUUUUCACAUAAAAAAUGUAAUUACCAUGUUUCCUUGUGUUUAAGGUAUCUGUGUUGUGACAGAUUUACCCUCAGGUUAUUCAUGUUUAUGUCCUGAGCUCAUGACUUAAACAUAAAACAUGGCGCUCCAUCAUUGUGCGUGGUUUAAUAUCUCCCCACUCGUGUCACGCUUGCACCCUGUUUUCAGUCUUUUUAUUUCCCAAGACUGAGGUUUUUAUUGCUCAUUACAUUUUAUGCUACAGUUUGCAGUUUCGAGAAACUUUCUGCUUGAAGUCAAUAAAUUUCACAUUUGAGUUAAAAAUUGUUGGUGUUAAAGUGACAUACGCAGCAUAAAAUCUGUAGGACACAUAAAAAAUGUAUUUAAGAUGAACAAAAACAUGUUUUACACGUUUUAAUAACAAACCAUUUUAUUAAGAUGUAAAUAAGUGCUGGUUUAGGCUACCUGAGCAAGUUCUGACAUGCAUUGCAUAAAGUGCAAACUUGUGUCAACGGGUUUCGCUCCCACAGUGACUGCAUUGGUUCCAGAGUAUAAAAAAAGUUACGGUAAAUACAACACUCUGUCUUCAGGGAAAAUAAAGCUUCAACAGAAGCUGGUUUUCCCUGUAUUAGAGGUAAAACGUCCAGGUUGUUUUAAGGUUUACGUUCAGGCUUUUGAGUCUGGAAUCUCAGUUUGGUGCUUCGAUUCUUCUGGACAUCAUCAUGGCUCUCUUGAUUUGCUCGAAUGAGACGAACAUGACGACGUUCCAGGAUCCCAGUCUCAGAAACGAAGGCAUAAACCUGGAAAACAAGGAAAUUAUCGAUACCAAUGUAGAGCUAUCGUAAAAGUAUUCAUACCUCCUAAACUAUUUUGUUGGGAUUUUGUGUAGCAAAACAAAACAAAUUGUGCAUCGUUGAGAAAAGGAAGGAAACCGUUUGUGGUUUUCAAUCUUUUACAAUAAAAAUCAGUUUAAAAAAUUGUAUUCAGCCCCACUGGUGUCAAAACUAAGGAGGAUAGAAAGAGUAUAAGAUCAGUUUUCAGAUUUCAGUUGCCAGUGAAUAUCAAUUGAAUUUUAUUCUGGACUUUGACUAGGCCAUUCUAAUAUGAAUGUCUUGAUGUAAACCAUCCCACUGUAGCUCUGGUUGUGUGUUUUUGUUUCUGUUCAGUGACCUUUGCCCCAGAUGACGGUGUUACACAGAGUCUAACAGGUUUUCUUCUAGGAUUGCUUGUAAUUAUUUCCACCCGUCGGUGGCGCCCCCAAGUGGUGGCCAGGGGGUGCUGUGGCCACCCAGAGAAGAUGACCACAAUUUUAAUAAUUCAUGUUCAGUUCAUACAAACACAUACAGACAUCUUCAAACAAGACACAAAUGUAAAACACAAUAAAUGAAUACAUGAAAAGUCUGUGUGCCUAUCUUUA